AUGUUUUAUAUUCCACCUGAAGUUAGAAAUGAACAUGUUUAUGGAUAUAAAUCAGAUUUGUGGAGCCUAGGCAUCUUGCUGUUUUUAAUGCUGAGUGGCAACUUACCUUUCGAUAAUACAGAUGAUCUAGAAAAUAAUUACUAUGAGGACUAAUUUGAAAAGGCAAAAGAUUUCAUAGACCACUUACUUGAGGGUAGCUAUGAGGAGAGAUUUAGUGCUUAUGAAGCGCUUAAUCAUCCCUGGAUUGUUGAAAAUUCACCACCACCAGAUAUCAACUUAAACUAGGACUAGGAUGAUGAGUUGUAAUAGGAAUUAGAAUUUUAAGAGAGACUGAGGCAAGCAAUGAACAAGAAAAGAUAGGAAUCAUCUAGAAACACAUUUGGCUAAAAAGAGAAUAAUCAUUAAAGCUCGCUUUAAAUUGAAUUACUAAGGCAACCUUAGUCUAACAUUGUUAGGAAUGACCUGAGUGUGAUAAAUAAUACAUAAAUUAACAAUUAAAAUAUUAGAAACACUCUAGGAAGUAAUAUGCAAGUCUAAGCUAAUAAUUUUGACAGAAGAAUAAAGCCAUCAGCUAAUUUGCUUUAGAAAGAUACAGCUAUUGGAGAUAUGUCUAAGCUAAGAACUAAGAUAUUGACUAUUCAUAAGAAAAUUUCAUAAAUAUAUGUGAAAACUCUCUUUUAAGAAAUUGAUGAUGACGAUGAUGAUUAAAUUAAUAAGCAUGAUGUUCAUAGAUACUUAAAGAUCCCUUGUCACAAAGCUGAAGAAUUAUUUUCAUACGGUGAUUCCAAAGAGCCUGGAAAGUUAGACUUCUUUGAAUUUGUUAAUGCAAUGAGAUCGUAGUUAGAAAACGAUUUGAUUGAAUGGUUCAAAAUGGUUAUUGGAGAUGAAUCAUUGCCUUUGGUUCUAGAAGAUUUUAAAAUUAUUUUAUCGGAAUCUAAAUUCUUUCCUAUUUCUGAUGAUCUUAAUGAACUAUUUAAAGAGCUCAAUUUGUAUAUCAAGAAAAAAUCAAGCCUCGUUGAGGAGAAAUCAGAAAAAAUAGUCGAUCAUAACAAACAUAUUAUCUCAGCAAAAAUGAGAAAGGAUAUUACAAUGAGUGAAGACAAAGGAGACAUUGAUGAUUCAGACGAUAGCAGUAUUGCGAGAGAUUUCCACCCAAACAACACUGGAAAUCUCACAAAUUAAUUUCAUAGAGCAUUUACAGUAAAUCAGUCAAGAACUGCUGUUGAUACCACCUCAGAUAUGCAAAAGUCUUAAUUUGUUUAUGCCGAGUUCAUUACAUAUUUGAUGAAAAUGGGAGGAGAAGCAAUAAAAUAAUUGAAAAAAUGA